AUGGGACACACGGAAAUUUCAAUCUCUAACCUCCUCCUGGAGGCGUCAUUAGAGGAAACAUUGGCAUCAUUGACAUCUCCUGAACGUCAGGAGGCCGAGGAAGUGAAAGGGGAUAAUAUGUCGGUGGUGUCAGAGUGCCAGAAUAAGAAGGGGUGUCGGAUCAAGGUCUCGCCUGAAGUCGUUGGGCAGGAUCCUUGCCCAGGGCUCGGGAAGUACCUCGAAGUUGCCUACAAAUGCCAUCCCACGGAGUUCCGGACGAAGGUGGUGUGCCAAGGAGAGAAGUUGGCUUUAGACUGUGGGCCAGGGGAGAGGAUAGUCUUCCUCUCCGCCUUCUUCGGCCGCGACCCCAAAGAUGCCCCUCGAUGCCCUCAACCUCGAGGAGUCCACGAAGAAGCUUGUGAGGCGAGCUACGCAAACGAGUUCGUGCUGGGAGUGUGCAAGAGGAAGCGGAAGUGCAUCCUCGAAGCAGACUCGUCCAUCUUCAAGGCUCCCUGUCGCCCCAACUCCAAAGGAUACCUGAAAGUUGCCUCCACCUGUGUCCCCAGGGAUGUCCUCCUGCAGGAAUUCCAGGGCGAUCUCCUAGAGGACGAGAUGGAAGAGGAAAGCACAGAAACGUGGCUCGACGAAGAUGACAAACACUCCCGGCAAUCACUCUCCCUCUCCACUUUGGGGAAACGCCCGGAAAAAGGUGAACGUGGAUCGGGAUGGUCGUCGGAUGUCCCAGUCCCGGCUCAGGAGGUAGACCUUUCUUCAGUGGACGUCGGGACCGGUACCCCGACCACCAAAGACCCUAGCAACGACACCCUCUCCCGGGACCCUUAUGUGGCCCUCGUCGUCGACUGGAUCACCGCGUAUCAAUUCAUACAGGCGAACAAGGAGACGUUCAUCCUGUACCUGGUGCUGAGCAUAAGUGGCGGAGUGCUGCUAUUCUGUUCCGCGCUCGUCCUCCGGAUCAUGGCUUCGAGGGGGCGGCGGAAGGAGCGAAACGAGGCAGACAGCGAGAAGCCGCUGGGUCCCGGAGUCAACGGCGGCCUCCUCCCGUUCCCCGGGGACUCGGACACGGAGAACGAGGGCGGCAGUGGAGACUUGACCUUCGUGGGAGAUCUCACCUCCUUCGGAGUCCUUUCUCCGCCGGAUGACGUCACCCUGGACGUGGUUCGGUAUACAUCGCGGGGGACGCUGCGUCGACAGGACAGUGACACCCACCCGAGGAGCUUCAGCCGGCAUCUCGACGAACAUCAUCUCUAUAGCUGAGAGGAGCCACCCUUUCCUCCCUUCUUUCCUUGAUCUCGUCU